AAGUAAAUCAUCUAUACCAAAGAGGCCAAGACCAAGUAAAGAAUUGAAAUACCAUAAUCAAUACAAAAUUGAAAGCGAAGCACAACCACACACACCUUGGUUUGCCCGAUAAAAAUCCUAUCGGAAUCGAAAGUUACUCAUCGCCGGGAUGGCCACCGCCGUGUCCAACGUUGCUGGCCGCCACUCGUUAAGCCAAAUCCUUACCGAUUUCGUCAAGUUCGCCGUAGACUCCGCCAUCGACGGCUAUAUCAAAAUCAUCCCUGACAGAAAACAUGCAGAUAAGACAGUGCGGAAAGAACUGAUAAAUAUACCGAUGUUGACACCAUUAAAGACCAAGAAACACCUUGAUAAAAAGGUUGCAAAUGAACUCCUUUUUGAAACAAAAGUGGAGGGAGUGAAGGAAGAGAUGAAUAAUAUUAAGCAGCAGUACAAAACAUCAAACAAGCUUGUUGAAGAUUCUCAGCCUCCAAAUAAAAUGGGUGAUAAUGGCUUUAAGGGAAUUAAUCUAAUACAGGAAAAUGGGAAAAGAGUAUUCAUCCGGUCUCGUCUAUAGAAUGAAAUUUUCUUAAUAGCAACACAAUCUUUCCAUCACUUUGAGAAUGGAUUUCAAAUAAAAUAGUAGGAUUUGAUAUGAAUUUCACUCAAAUAGAGAUGUUGGUGUGUAAAUAUUGCUAGCAAAGAUAGUGUAAUAUAAUGUGUUUUGUUUUUCUCUCUCUCUUCUGAUAAUGUGUGAAGCUGAAGCAUGGAGAUAACUAGUAUACACAUUACCUCAUCGUGUGGUGUACUGAGUGAUUUCCUAAUGUUAUGUAACUCGGUCUUCCUAUAGUAUUUAGUUAUAUAUAUGACAUAUUUCAUUUACAA